AUGACCAAGAAAAUCGACACCCUCCGUCGAUUCCUCCCUUCUUGCUUCUUCCCCACCACCACAGCCACCACAAAAACUCCCACCACCACCAAGAAACGCCUUAGCACUUCUCUUCGAGACGACAUUCCCGACUACUUCACCUACAAUAACACCAACCAAGAACCCAUCAAGAACCAAGACCAACACUCCCAAACCUCUUCCACCACUUCCAGCAACGAAACCAUAACCAGCACCGUCAGUUUCACCCAACCUCGAUCCUCCAAGUCCAUGGUUCUUGGCACCAUCUUCGGUCCUCGCCGAGGCCACGUCUGGUUUUGCAUCCAACACGACCGUCUCUCUUCCAAACCAACCCUCCUCCUCGAACUCUCCAUCUUAACCACCCAACUCAUCAAAGAAAUGAGCGGUGGACUAGUCCGCAUUGCCCUCGAAUGUGACAAGACGUCUUCAGACUUCGGUUCUUGUCCUCUUCACGCAGUCCCGCUCUGGACUAUGUACUGUAAUGGCCGCAAGAUCGGGUUCGCUACAAGAAGAAAAGGGAGUGAGCGUAUCAAGUCCAUGCUCAAGACCAUGCAGAACACCAACGUUGGAGCUGGAGUCAUACCUACAGAAUCCGAGGACAUCAUGUACAUGAGAGCUUAUUAUGAGCAUGUUGUUGGGAACUCAGACUCCGAGUCUUUCCACCUCAUUAACCCGGACGAGUGCCCAGGUCAAGAACUCAGUGUGUUCUUGCUCAGGUCCAGGAACGGCAAUUUUCUUUAAUUCUUUAUGGGGUUUUGCAAGGUAGCUCGGAAAACUUAAUUGUUUUCUUGCUCUUGCACUUGAAUAUCUUUAUUCUUUACU